AUGUCUGAUUCUAAAUAUGUGAAUGAUGAAGACUUUGAUGAUGACAUCCCCAUCCAGAAUGUUAUUCAACAAAGCUUGCAGCAUAUCCAUAGAAGUGAGACAGUUACAGAUACUGCAGAGAGUGAUAGAUUCCAGUUUGUUAUGAGCAAAGAACAUGGAAAGAUAAUCACAGCAAUACGUGCAGGCCAAGAAGCAGUCUUGCUGAAGUUGAUGAGGCACUGUUCUGCUUUUAAGGAAGCUGAUCAGCGAGGCUGGCUUCCUUUGCAUGAAGCUGCAGCACAAUUAAACAAGAACAUCCUAGAAAUAACUCUGAAAGCUUCAGACCCCAUUGUGUGGGAGCAGACCAGUCUGAAAGGGGAAACUCCUCUCUUUGUAGCAGUAGACAAAUGCUUCUUAGACAAUGUCCACUUUCUCCUGCUCAGUGGCUGCAACCCUAAUGUUAAGAAUGAAGAAGGAGAUUCUUCUUUAGUUAUAGCAAUUAAACAUGAUUUAUAUGAAAUUGCCUCCCUGCUGAUAAGGUUUGGAGCAAAUGUAAACUUGCAGUGUGUCAAUAAGAGGACAGCUUUACAUGAAGCAGCCAGAGUAGGCAGGAAAGAUAUGGUGAACCUUCUGCUUUGUUCUGGAGCUGAUCCUGAUCCUCGCAGUGCGUAUGGGCUGACUCCCCUAGCACUGGCUGCGCAGAUUGGGCAUACAGAAAUUAUGGAAAUUUUACUGCGAAAAGGUGCUGAUGUCCUUUCACAGGCCGCUGAUUGUGCUUCCAUAUUAUUUGAAGCUGUUGGAGGAGGAAAUCCAGAUUCACUGUCUCUUUUAUUAGAGUAUGGAGCUGAUGCCAAUGUGCCAAAACACACAGGUCACUUGCCUAUCCAUAGAGCUGCAUACAGAGGACACUUUCUAGCUUUAAAGCAAUUAGCUUCAGUUACUGAUUAUGCUGCCAUUAAGGAGAGUGGGAUAAGUCCAGUUCACUCAGCAGCAGCAGGAGCACAUCCUCAGUGCCUUGAGUUUCUCCUCAAAUCUGGGUUUGAUGCCAAUUUCAUGUUGCAUGAGAGGGUUUGCAAAGGCUAUGAUGAUCAGAGGAAAUCAGCUUUAUAUUUUGCUGUCUCAAAUGGGGAUAUUUGCUCAACUCAGCUGCUUCUGGAUGCUGGAGCCCUGCCAAAUCAAGAUCCCAUUAAGUGCCUCCAGCUAGCCUUGAGAAUGGGCAACUAUGAGCUAAUCAAUCUACUGCUUCGGCAUGGGGCCAACGUUAAUUACUUCUGCAGAGUGAAUACGACGCAUUUCCCCUCAGCUCUGCAGUAUUCUCUAAAAGAUGAAAUCAUGUUACGAAUGUUGCUGAAUUAUGGGUACGAUGUGUACCGCUGCUUUGAUUGUUUUCAUGGAGACAACAUUCAUUCCCCAUAUGCCUUUGAAGGAUGGACUCCUUCUGUUAUCAAAGACAACAUGUUCUGUGAAGUGAUAACUCUAUCGUGGCUGAAGCACAUAGCUGGGAAAGUAGUGCGAGUGAUGCUAGAUUAUGUUGAUCAUGUUAGCAUCUGCUGUAAGCUGAAAGCAGUUCUCGAGGAACAGACACUAUGGCCAGAAAUCAAUUCCAUUUUGACAAAUCCACGUUCUUUGAAACAUCUUUGUCGUCUGAAGAUUCGGAAAUGCAUGGGUCAUUUGCAUCUGCGUUGUCCUGUCUUCAUGACAUUCCUUCCACUGCCCAAUCGGUUGAAAGAAUAUAUACUGUACAAAGAAUAUGAUCUUUACGGACAAGGAAACUUGCUAGGAACCCACUAACCCAACUGCAUAGAAUCAUAGUCCUGUAUUUUUGAGAGAGGAUGCAAGUGGACAAAGACUAUAUUGUGUGCAAUUCUUUUUCUCUACUGAGAUUUUAGCUUCUAAAAACCAACAAGUCACUUUGGUGAAAAUUUUUCUGGAUAAAAAUAAAGAAGUAUAGUACAGAAUAAGUAUUAGAAACCCAACAUGUAGCCCUCAUAGCAGAAAAAGCAUCCAGAAUUUAACAGAAGCAAUUACAGGUAAUGGCAAUAUAAUUUUAAAGUUAUCUAGCAUCAACGCUUAAGUCAGCAUUUUCAAACAACAUAUAGAAUGGGAAGUGUCCUUCAAGACAGGUGGAUCAGGUUGUAACUAGGAGUUCAAAUUCUUCUCCCAACUUCUUUGGGCUGCAACUCUUGUUAUAUUUCUACAUUCUGCUUCUGGUUGGAGCAAAGUACUGUCCUAACAACCUACAUGGUGGUAUUUCAAUUUCUGACUAGAACCAGCGAGAGGCAGAGGCUUUCUUCUCCCCCCACUCCCAACCAAGAAGAGCUGGAAGGAAGAUGAAGUUGUUUGACAAGGUUUUGACUUUUCAAGGUUUGUUAUUUCAUCCAAUUAGCCAAUCCCCAGUUUUAAACAGUGAAAUGGGGUUAAUGGCCAUGGAAUUCUUUUUAUAAACAGAACGUCAGUCAGUAGUGAAACAUUAGCGGGUUUUUUUUUUUUAUUAGAUGUCUGCUUUCCUGCUAGAUAGGGUAGUUCCACAUCUCAUUCUUGGUAUUUAAAUGUCUUGUUACCAUAGUAAUUAAGUGCUGGUCUACAUAUAAUAUGAUCUAGAGCAAUCUUAUUUUUUCUUCUGAAAAGUUAUUUAGAAGGAUGUCCACAGAUGUUUGGAGUAUAUUUUGGCCCAGCUCCCUCAAUUUCCCACCUAUUGCCAUAUUUGGGGGACAAGUUUAAAGAGUAUUGGUUGAAUUUACUUUGUAUCACGUGUGGCAUUUGAGUACCAUCCAAUGAAAUGUUAAUGCAGAACUUGGAAAUGUAAAAUGUGAAUUAUGAUUAGGCCCUGUGGGUGAUAAAAUGGAGACCCUUUCCCUGGUGGGACUUGAACAUUUCAAAAGGGCACAUUAUUGGAUACUGUUGUCUGGUAAGGUAAUGCCACUAUGCACUGAAUAAUGCUUUGUAUAUACUUAUGUAUUAAUUAUGAAUUUGUACUCUAAUACAGUAUAGUACAUAGCUAAACAUUUACAAACCCUUAAAUUUCUCCAAGCUAGGAACAGUUUCAGGUGUACAAAAUACUGCAGAAGAAACAGAUAUAUAAAAAUGAGCAGUUCAAUAAACAUGACAGGCAUUAAUAAUAUUUAUUUUUUCAUAAUCAAGUUUAUGUUCAGGUAAGUACAGAUUUUUAUUUAUACAUGCAUCUGUAUCACUUAAGUUACAUAAUUCAAAAGUCUAUUUUCCCCUCAAAAAAAUCUAUAAACUUUAUAAAAUACAGAUUGGACUAGUAUGUUAUGACUCAUUACUUCUUACAGGGUGCCUACUCAAGUACUGAACAAAACUAAUAAGCAGGUGGGAAAUAUGCAUUAGUAUCUGUAUUAAUGGGUCUGAACCGAUCAGGUUGUGCUGGUAUAACUUCUGUACCCAUCAAUUCUGUUCAUUAACAUAACCACAGUUCUUUAAAAAGUACUAUGCAUGCAUGUGACAAAACAAACAAGAUGUGAAUUAAAACACCAGCUAAUCUAACAAGGAUGUUUUCUUUGACUGUUCAGACUUUGAUAGUUGCAAAAAUAAAUCAGCAUAAUUCCCCUCCGUUUUGAUUAAAUAAAGUGUUUCAUUGAAUAUAGCUGGGUAACAUUCCUGAAUUACUGACAGAAUCAAAAUACAUUUUGACAACAUCAGGCUUUAGCUAAUUGUAUAUUUAGUAGGGAAAAAACAAAGCCAUAUUAGUAAUGUGAUUUUUUUAUUUUUGGAAGCAAGCAUUAGAAAAGAGAGUCAAUUUUUUUUAAAGUAAGUCUAAUUCAAAUAAAGAUUGUACAAAGCAAACUUUGAACCUUUUAUUAGUGAACUCAAAUUAACUGAAGCCCUAGCUAACACAUUUAAUAUCUAUAUUUCUGAGUUUAAACCAACUAUCAAAUUGAUACUAGGCAUACCCAUUUGAGAUGAUUGCUUUAAUACAAAUAUUCAGGGAAAUUUUUAUAAGACUCUUAAAAACAUUGAAAAAUUACUUAUACAUCACUAGAACAGGACCAAUCUAGUACGUUACGGUAAGAUUUUGACCAAUCCACUACAUUAUAAAAUCAUCUGACUAUAUUUUACUAAAUCCCAGGUUUGCAUAUAAACAUUAUGGAACACCAAUGCAGGCACAAUGGCAUAGUGACAAUAUUUUCAUGCCCAAUUAGACAUCACUGUAAGCACAAGAAAAUUACCUUACUGCCUGUAAAGAAACUUUGGGGGUUCUAGUAAACAAGAGAGAUAUUGUGAAAAAGAGCAAGGUAGGAAAGACAAAGUAAGAAAGGUCAAUUAUUACAAUGGACAAUGUGUCUUUCCUGAAUUCACUGAAUACAUGAAAAAGUUCUCUUAAAAAAGCUGAGUAAGAUGCAGGCAAUGACUGUCUUUUUGUUUGUGUGUGAAUUAAAACGGAAUUCACUUGUAGGAGCUGUGAUUAAAGAAAGAUUACAGAUUUAUUAUUCUCACUUAUAACAAAUGUUUGAGGGUUUUUUUCCAGGGGAGAGCGUUGGAAUACAGUGCGUACUGUGAGAUGCGGAAUCAUUAAAACAAACAACUCCGUAAAUCUAUCUUCAAAUUACGCAAAAGUGAAAAACAGACUACCAGCAGGUCAGGAGAGACGUUUUGUUUAAUGUUUCAGAUGAGAUUAUUAAUCACAAAUUAAACAACCCUACCUUCUUCUUAAACUCUGUGCAAACGUCAAUUCUAAUUUAUAAAAACUAAACAUACACAUAGGGCCAAGUCCUGCUUAUUUAUAUGCAAGCAUAUCUAGAGUAAAUUCACUGAAUGCUCUAUCUCUAGAAUUACUCUGAAUUUACACUCAUGUAAUUGAGCACAAUCGACUAGAUUUCAGAAGAGGAAUAAAUCAGCUAAUGCCUAUUGUUAAAACAUAGGCUGGCACUGACUCCCAUGAUUACUGACAAUGUUUCAUCUGAUUUUCUCUUCCAGACCUCAGAAACAAUGUAAUAGACUACAUGAGUUUAUCUUAACUGACUGUGUUCAGUUCCUGAGGGGACAAAAAACCGUGGACCUUUUAAACUUGAUUAGAAUGGCAGUGUCAAAAGAAAAAUUUUUCAUGACUAUGAUGGGGAUAUACACACAGUAUAACACAAUGCAUUACAUAACCAUAAACACCCAUCCUUACAUACAUGAAGAAUGUAUGUAACAAUACCAAGGUUACCCUGAGACGUGAUCAUCAGGAUUUACUGUUGUCUGUCAUAUUUACCUCUUACAUGAAUAAAACUGGAUAUUCACCUGAAUAAAAUUUAAAUCUACACUAUGCAACAAGCAUACUAACCAAUUAUUUUUUAGUUAAGUGGUGAUAACUAUGAGGAUACAAUUUAGCAAUAAAAAGACGAUUAAUUCUAACCAACACUGUUGCCACAAUGUAUGUGUGUUAAAUGGUGUUUUUAAACUCUUAUUUCUACAUAACUGAGCUUUUAAAAGGCCAAACAUACUGGUUUCACAUGCUGUAGGACCAUGACUUCAGGUGCUAUAGAUAAUAUAAUUCACCCAGUAGCAGAAAGAUGGGCAGGCAAAGUAUUUAACUAGAAGUGAAAACCAAAUGAAGAGUUUCUAAUCAAUAUUUCAAUCUUAUUCCAACGUCGCACUUUGAUAGCAAUCUACCAACCAUAGCCAAACAUUAAUGUAGGAAAAGCCAUGCCAAAUUAGCUAAAACUUAAGAACAUGGAGCUUAUAUGUUUAAAAAAAAAAGUACUACUUAUUAGAGUCUCUGCACUCCACUCAAACAUUGGCAUUUAUUAAAAAUAAAAAAAAAAAUCUUGGCAAAAACACUUUCCCCUAAUGAUUGACUUACAAAUUUUACACAAAAUAUGGUUCCAAAGUCUGUUAUAUAUGGAAAAAUCACCUCCUACAGCCCCCAGAAACUAACCUGAAACCCCGGUUUAAAAGAAGCAAUUACAUAUGGAAACACACACACAUUCACACAAGUUCUGCUGGGUAAAAUCCACUCUACAUGGCCAAACAGCUACUUUGACAUAGGCUAUGUAACAAUAAAGGUCAAAGGUAAUACUACCCUUCAUGAGAGUGGGAUGGUACCUUAUUAAUCUGCUUUAUACCACAGAGCUGAUCUAUCCUUCAACUACUGUCUACUAGUAAUUGGCCUAGUUCUUCAUCCUUCCAUCUCCCUUAGCAGUGAUCCCUUCCAGACUAGAUUUAGAUCCCUUCCAGACUACAUGUCAAAAGGCUCACUAGCCCUACCUGCUUACUCACUGCACAGGCUAGUCUACCUGAACUAGCUUGAAUCCCGAUAGCGUGGAUAACAGUAGAAAUGAAGACAGCACAAUGAGGGUUCAGUGCAAGUAGUACAAGCCCAGCACAGACCUUGUGUAUAUACUCUGCUUGCUCACGCAUGGCACGCUGUUUUCACUGCUACUGUACUCACGCUAGCUAGACUCAAACUAAGUCAAGUAGGCUAGGCCCGGAAUAGCUUUUGCUGAGUAGAUACCUUAAAUGAGACUAGUGCGCUGUCGUGGCCCAGUGCAAUGAGAACUCAUAAUUCAGAGGAAAAAAUGGUCACUCCUAGUUACUAUGAGGGCAAGGGAUACAUGCAUAAAGGGGAAGGCAGGCAAUACAG